GGACGGCUCCCGUAGGACGCGUGGGACAAGUGAAGACAAAACAGUGGUUAAAUAUUUGUGCAACCCCUGUGCAGACAGAGCAUCUUGGCCAGGCCACUGAAACCACACCUUGCUGUACUCACUUCAUCAGCCACCCACUGAAAGGCAGCCCGUGCCUCCCCAGAGCAGCUCAGCCUCCAGGAUGGCUCUGCUGGACUUGCAUGGCUCUGUCCUCGGCAGCGUGAAUCCCGACCUUGCCAGUGAGAGGCAAACAGCCUCCUUCAGUGUGGAGAAGCUCACAGCCUGGCUGGAUGGUGGUGUGGAGAACACUCGGACACGGAGGGCAGUGGUUGAAGCCAUCGAAAGUGACCCUGUGUUUAGCAGAGAAAAUCAGUAUUUCCAGAGCCAGAAUGAGAGGUAUGAAGCAGCAGUCAGAAAAGCUGUUCACCUCCAGAAAAAGAUGCAUGAGAUGGGGUGGACUGAAGAUGGACCUGAGUACAAUUACAUUUACAGGGCAGUGGCAGGAGACGUGGCGUUCCUCCUUCACCGUAUCUUCAUGAGAAGUAUUUCAAUGCUGGGCUCUGACAAACAGAUUGCCAAAUGGAUUCCUCUCGCCAGCCAGUAUCAGCUCAUUGGAAGCUACGCCCAGACUGAACUGGGGCACGGAACUUACCUUCAGGGCUUGGAAACAACAGCAGUCUUUGAUAUCACUACUCAGGAGUUUAUACUGAACACACCAAAGAUCUCUGCCAUGAAGUGGUGGCCUGGAGACAUGGGAAGGUCAGCAACUCACACAGUGGCCUUUGCUCAGCUCUAUGUCCAGGGGAAGUGCUAUGGUGUGCAUCCCUUCAUCGUGCAGAUACGCAGCCUUCAGGACCACUCACUCUGCCCAGGCAUAAUUGCAGGAGAUAUUGGUCCCAAAAUGAAUUUUGAGCAUGUUGACAACGGCUUCCUCAUGCUGCAGAACGUGCGUGUCCCCAGGGAGAACAUGCUGAGCAAGUUCUGUGAGGUUCAACCAGAUGGCAGCUACGUGAGAUGGGGGUCACAGAAGAUUAAUUACUUCACCAUGACCUCGGUGCGCAUCUCCCUCCUCGCGGACGAGGUUAUUCUACCUACCAUGAAGGCUUGCACCAUCGCCAUCCGAUACUCAGUGGUUCGCCGGCAGUCCAAGCUAAAGCCUGGUGCACAGGAAGCAAAAAUCCUCGACUACCAGACUCAGCAAGAGAAACUGCUGCCCCAGUUGGCAGCAGCCUAUGCCUUUUAUUUCGUCAAGGACUACCUGCAGGAGCUAUUUGACAACGGGUACAGAGAGAUCCAGAGGAAGAACUUUGACAUGCUGCCAGAGCUCCAUGCAUUUUCUUCGGGCUUUAAAGCUGUCAUUACUCAGUACUGCACUUCAGCAGUGGAGAUCUGCCUGCGGGCCUGUGGAGGACAUGGUUACUCCUUGCUGAGUGGACUCCCUUCCUUGUAUACUAAAAUACUUGCCUCUUGUAUUUAUGAAGGGGAAAACACCAUUUUGCUCCUGCAAACUGCCAGGUUCUUGAUAAAGUGCUUCAUGGCAGCCAGUGCUGGCCAGCCUGUUCCACCAUCUGUCACUUACCUGGCUGCGGUGAAACCCAGGAAGUGUCCAGCCAAGAACAAGUUGGAUUUUCUCAGUCCAGAUAUUUACACUGAUGCCUAUCAACACAUGGCAGCCAGACUUGUAAGCAGCACAGCAGCUAAACUACAGGAUUUGCUUCAGUCUGGAGUCAAAAAGCACGACGCGUGGAACCAGUGCACAGUGCAGCUGGCACAAGCUGCAAAGGCUCACUGCCACUACAUUGCAGUGAAAAACUUUGCAGAAACUGUGGAAAAACUCGAGACCCAGGCUGGCAUCCAGAAGAUUAUGAAACAUCUUUGUGACCUCUUUGCAUUACAUGGGAUCUUCUCAAAUUCAGGAGUCUUCUUGCAUGACGGAUACAUAUCUGGAGCUCAAAUGGACAUGGUCACAGCAUCGUACCUAGACCUCCUGCCUAUCAUUCGAAAGGAUGCUGUGCCACUAGUGGAUGCCUUUGACUUCACAGACAAGAGCCUGAACUCUGCGCUCGGCAGUUACGAUGGACAGGUUUACCAGCGGCUUUACGAGUGGGCUCAGAAGUCACCCACCAACAAGCAGAUGAGCCCAGCCUACGAGAAGUAUUUGAAACCACUUCUUCACAGCAAGCUAUGAAAAUUAUGAAGACCAUGACUUAAGUGAAGGCUGCACAUUUCCUUCUGUUCUUUCUGCAGCACAGUGAUGAAGCAUCAGUAAUGACUAAUGAGAAUUAAUAAUCAGUUGCUUACUUGCAGUUGCAACAAGUUUGAAAUAAGACUCUUAGCCAGCCAUUUGCAUUUAAUCAGACAGAAGCCAAACAGUGCUGAGUGGUACCCACUGCUUCAAGGCAAUCAAAUCAGAAAUAGCCUAGGGAUCGGAGUUUUUUUAACCUGAAGUGUCCUGAUAGCAUCAAAACUACACCACUUGGCUUUCUUGUUCUUUUUCUAAAUCCACUAUGUGGCAAUUAAGGGGAGGAAAAAAAAAUAACCACCACCACAACAAGCACAUUAUGAGCUCCCCCUCAAUGUGUUAUAACUGUACAGUGCCUUAAGGGAAAAAACCCACAUUACUGAAAACAAUCCAAGGAAGGUAAAAAU